AUUUGAAUGAAGUUAUCAAUUCAAAAUGUUCAUUAAUAUUUUACGACAUUCUUUAAUUUUACGACAAACAAAAAAUCUUACGGCAAAACAAAAAUCUUAGAUUUUGUAAUGUUUUGAAUUUUUGCGAUGUGAUCCAAAGUUUGUGAAUAUUGCAAGAGAUGGCAUCUGAAGGGACGGAUAGUCGAACGAACAGCCUCACGAACCGGUCAUCAUCCAGUCAACACAAUGAUGAUGAUCUACAGCCACAGGAACUUAAGGGUUGGCUCAUGAAGAGAACUAAACUCUCGCGCAAAUGGAAGAAACAGUGGUUCUUGUUGAAAAGUACUAGUUUAUUAUAUGGAAACUCUCCAGAGGAUACAGAAAAACAAAUUCCAUUAACAAAUUCAGAAAUUUCAGAAAGUAUAAUAGACAAAAAACAGCAUGCAUUUUGUAUAAAAUCGAAAGAGAAUGGCCGGUCUUACUACAUACAGGCGGACAAUGAAAAUCUCCAGAAUGAGUGGAUGCAGGCCAUUUGUUUCGCCAAGGCAGCAGGACAGAGGGGGGAUAACUCUCAGGCGUGUGUGAUCCAGUGAAAAGAGUUACUCCCCCUGCAUUGUGCCAUGCUUGAAGAUAUCACAGAACUAUAACCAAGACACAAAGCGCUGGUGUUACUAUAUUUUUUUACAUUUUGAUUCUAUUCACACUCAACGACAAAAGAAAGUAUUUAUUUUGAUUAUCCCAUUAUUAUGGUCUAUAUGUUAAAAAUGAAAUUAUAUAAUGUGUUGGUUAUUUUUCAUUGCAAUGGACAUUUUAUUGUUUUCAACACACAUCAAUUUUUUUUAAUUACUAUUUGUUGAGUUUAUUUUUUCAACAUAAUUUAACUAAGAUUUGUAUAAUAAUGCAAAGUUAGAAAAUCAAGAAUUUUGUUCAAUUUUGAUGACUUUUUAUUUAUUCGGCUUUCACAUCCUGAAAAGGUCUACCUCGUUCAUCUUCUCGUUAAAGAAGCUUAUUUACACUGAUUUCAGUGCAGCAGAAUUACAUUGUUUAGAUAAAUGACGAUUUACCAGUCAAAAACAUCCUAUUUUGAGCUGGUGUGAUAUAUAAGUUGCUUUCCUGCUAAGCUUUUUUUUGUUUUUAAAUGUCUCAUUUUCAUCUACAGAGAAAAACAAUCAUAUUUUUUGAAAAAAUAGUAAUAGGGCUCGAUAAGUGAAUGGAAAAAGGUCCUGCUAGCAAUGAAUAUUGAUAGCCUUAUAGAAAUAAUCCCCUCAAAAAAGAUUUGUUCCCAAAAUGAAAAUGAGCAGAUAUUUGCAAAAAAUAUAUACUUUUGUGUUGUUGACUGUAUAUUUAAACUGUAGGCCAUUGCUGUGCAAUCGGUCAAUAAGUAUUGCAAAUAAUUUUUUGGGAUGCCUUGCCUUCAACCUGGGGCCAUCUACUGUUAGUACAUGUAUAUAGUUCCACCUUCAACCUGGGGCCAAUAAACCACUGUUAGUACAUAUAUAUCUUCAACAAUUUCGACUCAAAUUUCUUCAUUUUCCAUUUUAAAGCUAAUGGAUGUCUGAGCCAAUAUCAUAAAUUGCUUGAAGCAUGAUCACAUUUCUUUUUAUUUUGGCCUAUUAAGUUCUUUUUUAUAACUUUAAAACUGUUUCAGAAGGUGUGUCUGUAAUCACAUUGUUAAAAAGACAUGACUGCCGCACUUGGUAAAGUAAUACACACAGUUUAAAUAGUUUGAUACAUAAUUAAGCAUUGAUUUAGCUUAGGGUAUACCAAAUUGUAUUGGAAAUGUAAUGGAAUGACGUAUAUAGGGAGGUUAUUCAUAUAUAACCAUACUUAUUGAUACAGUAGAUCAAAGUUCACUGUUUUCAACUACAUUGUAGUUACUAUUUUGUAUGUGUUGGGCCAGAAAUAUUUUCUUGGCAUUUGGGUAAUUUAUUAACGUUUGUUUACUGCGACCAUUGUAACCUUCAUUCCUUUUAUUUGUGGGCAAGAAAAGAUGCAUGUUUGGAGUACAUUGUUUUCUUUUGCUAGGAAAAUGCUCUGUUUAAUAUAAGCGGUAGUCUAAGUUUUUGUUUUUUGUUUGUCAUUGUAAUAGGUACGGGAAAACGGUUAAAUCAAAUAUCGGUCAUUUCUUCAAUUUAAUAUUUUCUUUCCUGGAUGUAUUUGAUAGAGGAUACAGAAAGGAAGAAAUUAAAAUUAUCAUAUUCAGAACCAUCAUCAUCAUCAUCAUCAUCAUCAUCAUCAUCAUUUUAAAGGAAAGUGUAUGUAUUGUAUUGUCUGUAUCAUAUAUUCAUAUAUUUUAUACAAAUGCAUAAUUUAAUAUUAUGUGCUGUUCUAGUUCAUAGUUUACAAGAUGAGCUUAGCUCGCACAAUUGAUAUAUUCCAGAGUGUUAGGGCCCACAUGUUAUUAUCAUUCCCUUUAUGAUUAUGUUGUAUAUUUUAUUUUUUUGUUGAUCAUGUGUUGCGCCUUUUGUUAUCUUUAUGUUUCAUGUGAUAUUAGUUAUAUUUUAGAUUCAAUGGCUCACUGUUUUUGUUGUUUAUUGGAGGUAUUUGUUAUUCUCUUUAUGCUGUGCUUAUCCUGAAGAAUAAAACAAGUAGCUUUAA